GACGUCUUAUGUUUGCGGUCGGUGGCGGCGGAGGUCGGUGUAGCAGCUAGCUUUACCUUCUUAGCGGCAGUUACGGUUUAUACAUUCAGCAUUUGAUCCCGUCGUGUUUCUAAAAUGGUGUGACUAUACUUUUAUUACACAUUUACCGUCUAAAAGUUGAGCUGCAUCUCUAGAGGACGGAGCGGGCAGACACCAUGUCCAGCCGCCUGGCCUUCCAGACCCAGCUGGCCUCCAUCAUGGAGGUCCUGGCGAACGCGGCGGUGGCGGAGAUCUGCAAGCUGGUGGACGACGACUACGCCGUGGUGAGUCUACAGAUGUCUCAGUGCCAGCGGGAGAACAAGGCGCUGAAGAGGAAGCUGCAUCUGCUGGAGCUGAAGAUGGCCCGGGGGAACGCCGAGAGGAGGCUCCGGGAGAGCGCGAUGAACAGCAGCAGCAGCAGCAGACCGAAGGUUCAGAUCAGCAGCAGCCUGCAGGAGUCCUCCUCCAACACCGACGGUGUGUUUGAGCGACCGGUGGAUGUGGCUCUGUGGUCUGGUCGAGCUGCUACCAGGAACUCCACCAGUGAGCUGGUCCUGUCUGAGAGCCUGCAGAGGAAGUCUCCAGGUGUGGAGCUGGUGGAGCCAGAGACGAUGGUGGUGAAGGAGGAGAAGAUGGGGACACAGGAAGACGGACCUCUGAUAGGAGAGGAUGGAGUGCUGGAGCUUCUCCCCCGUGGCGCUGCAGGUCAGAGACCUCGGCUGGAACACCAAAACUCCCAGUCCACCUCCAACCCGCCCCAGGUCCAGAACCAGAACCAGACCCAGAGCCAGAACAGCAUUACGAGGCUCAGCAGCAGCAGCAGCAGCAGCAGCAGCAGCAGCAGCAGCAGAGGAGUGGAGAAAGAUGAGGAGCCAGAUGUGGUGCUGGUGAAGGUGGAGGAGGUGGAGCCGGUGACGGGUCCUCCCACAGGCCUCAGCAUUCAAGAGGGUUUGGUGGAGUCGAGCACAGAUGACUACAGAGGAGUGCUGCCAUUGGACGACACCGCACAAGCGUCCACCAAUCAGCUGUCUGACCAGCAGGAUUCUGGGCGGGGCUUCUCAGAGCUGAAAGCGUUGGGAUCGCAGGACUCCAGCAGCAUAGGGGAAGUUCAGCCAAAGCUCCUGGACACCAACACGCCCUCCAACCCCUCCUCAGAGCAGCAGCAGGGAGGCAGUAAUGCUCUGAGCUCUGAAUACUCCCUGUUUGAACUGGAGACCUUCUUCACCCGCUGGGCCCCCGACACCGACCCUGCAUCGGCUCCAAAAGGCCAGCUAUGUCCUUUCACCGAUGACGACUCAACAGAAUACGAACAGGAUGGAGUUAUUAUAGUAGAGACCCAGUCACAAGCAGGGCUUACUGGAGGGAACAGUUCCUCCUCUUCAUCACAAGGCCUGUCUGCAGGGAACUCUGGCUCUACACGCUUGAGGAUGCCAGCUCCACCUGUCCAGCCUCCAUGGAGCAGAUCUCCAGCCAUCAUAAGGAGUUCUCAGCUGCAUCGUAACGGCAACAGGCUCUCUCAGCACCAGCACGGCAUUCACUCUGCACAAAGCUCCCUGUCCUGCAGUAGCAGUAGUCGUACUGACACCAGCGUCUCUGCCGUUAAGACCACGAGGUGCUCUGGAGCUCCACAGUCCUCCUUACCUACCAGGGGAUCUGCCUGUGAAGUGUCCAUCGGUGCUCGUCAUCAGGCCAGCCUUCUAGCUCGCCACAGUAGAAACCAGCCAGCUGGCGUUGCUCCAGGAGAGCGUCGCAGGAGGAGCUACGUAUGCCGAGCCUGCGGUAAGGCCUUCUCUGGCCUGUCCAACCUGGAGGCCCACGAAAGAGUCCACACCGGGGAGAAACCCUUCUGCUGCAACACCUGUGGGAAACGUUUCUCAGAAGCCGGGAACCUGAAGAAACACCAGCGGGUUCAUACCGGGGAGAAACCCUUCAGCUGUGACCACUGUGGGAAGAGGUUCGCUUGGAUCUGCAACCUGAGGACUCACCAGCAGUCCGCUACCGGCUGCGGACCCCAGACCAGGGGAGGGUUAGGACUGGACCUGAAAGCGUUGGGAUCGCAGGACUCCAGCAGCAUAGUGGAAGUUCAGCCAAAGCUCCUGGACACCAACACGCCCUCCAACCCCUCCACAGAGCAGCAGCAGGGAGGCAGUAAUGCUCUGAGCUCUGAAUACUCCCUGUUUGAACUGGAGACCUUCUUCACCCGCUGGGCCCCCGACACCGACCCUGCAUCGGCUCCAAAAGGCCAGCUAUGUCCUUUCACCGAUGACGACUCAACAGAAUACGAACAGGAUGGAGUUAUUAUAGUAGAGACCCAGUCACAAGCAGGGCUUACUGGAGGGAACAGUUCCUCCUCUUCAUCACAAGGCCUGUCUGCAGGGAACUCUGGCUCUACACGCUUGAGGAUGCCAGCUCCACCUGUCCAGCCUCCAUGGAGCAGAUCUCCAGCCAUCAUAAGGAGUUCUCAGCUGCAUCGUAACGGCAACAGGCUCUCUCAGCACCAGCACGGCAUUCACUCUGCACAAAGCUCCCUGUCCUGCAGUAGCAGUAGUCGUACUGACACCAGCGUCUCUGCCGUUAAGACCACGAGGUGCUCUGGAGCUCCACAGUCCUCCUUACCUACCAGGGGAUCUGCCUGUGAAGUGUCCAUCGGUGCUCGUCAUCAGGCCAGCCUUCUAGCUCGCCACAGUAGAAACCAGCCAGCUGGCGUUGCUCCAGGAGAGCGUCGCAGGAGGAGCUACGUAUGCCGAGCCUGCGGUAAGGCCUUCUCUGGCCUGUCCAACCUGGAGGCCCACGAAAGAGUCCACACCGGGGAGAAACCCUUCUGCUGCAACACCUGUGGGAAACGUUUCUCAGAAGCCGGGAACCUGAAGAAACACCAGCGGGUUCAUACCGGGGAGAAACCCUUCAGCUGUGACCACUGUGGGAAGAGGUUCGCUUGGAUCUGCAACCUGAGGACUCACCAGCAGUCCGCUACCGGCUGCGGACCCCAGACCAGGGGAGGGUUAGGACUGGACUGAUCCCCAGCAGACUGGAGAGGACUGUUAACGCCACUAGGGUUGUAUCCUCACACAGAUACUCACUACAGUGUGUGUGUGUGUGUGUGUGUGUGUUUAGAGCUACUAAUGAUGUGCACUGACUUUGCUGCUGACUGUUUAAUUUGAAAGUUUAGAUUUUUUGACUUGCAUGACUUCAUCAGAAGGAUUUUUAUUUUUAACAUUGACAACAUUUUAACAUUUACAGAAGUAAGCAGUCACUAAAAUCGCUUAGAUGUUAAAAAAAAACACAUUAAAAACAUUGGACUCCAUGGUAUUAAUGCCAUCUAUACUUGAGUAAAAUGCUGUCUGAUCUUCCUCUAAAUGUUUCUCAGGUGUGAACAGAAGAACUGAGUAGUGAGAGCUGUGGAGACUCAAUACCACUGUUUGAACUGCAGGACGGUAAUCUUUAUAUCUGUGGCAUCGUUGUGCCUCGACCACCAUCACUCUCUGGUGUAUCGCCACCACCGGCUACCGUCCCAGCUGGAAACUGCAUCGCAUUUCUGUGAACAAGAUGCCAACCACACUGUCCAGAUGUUUCUACAGAGGAUCAAAUGAAAGAACAAAUGUUGUGUAUCUGAAAAUAAGUUACGAUUUAGUGCUAUUGAUGUUUUGUUACCUAAAGUUUUACUGCCAGAGGUCUUCACUGCCAUCAGGGGAAGCUCAGCUACAUUCAUCCUCAGCAGUGUACAUAGUUUUUCAAUUCUCUUAAUAUAUUAAACAAUGACUAAAAUGAUUUUUUAAUUAUACCAAGUACCAGGUCUAGGGCUGGUAACUCUUGACCAGUUGCAGCAAUCUUAUGCUUUUAAUGUCAUCUUAUUUCAUUUCCAGCUCUUCUUGUUUUGAUUGAUUCAUUUAUUUUGUUAUCCCUGGGGCUCUUUACUUCACUAAUUUGACAUCAGUUAUUUUAUCACAUUUUCUUAAUGUCUCAUUUGUUAUUUGUGUUUCUUGGGGCCCAGGAUCACUGGUUUUUACUCGGCUAUGCUGUAAGGCUGUCAUGUAUUUCUGAGUCAGAAUAAACGUUUGAAGGAAUGA